ACUUGUUAAACAUAAAGAAUCUCUGCACUGCGCAACUCAAAAAGCCGAGAACGCUCACGCAGAAUUCAAACUCUUCCGAGCACUGGCUGCCGAGAACGUCAAGAAAGCUCUACGGUCAAGUUUGCCAGCAGGAUGAAGGUGGCAGUGCUGUUCGUCGUUGUACUUUUCGCCGGCGUUUGGGACGAAAGCAGCGCAUGCAAUUCGUCUGGCGGCUCACACUCAGGCUCAAGCUCAGGCUCAAACAAUCCGAGACCCCGACCUGGUUGGCCGAGCUUUUCGCAGCUUCGGAGCAACUACCCUCGUUAUUAUUCCAUCGAUUGGGACGGCCUGGUGGCCCAGGAGGGUCUUUCUUCCUGGCUAUACGGGGUGGUGGACAAGAACACCUGCGCCAUGAGGGUCAGCCGCGCGCUCACUUACGCGGGAAGGCAGAUUGCCCCGGGCUCCUGUAACUGGUCCGGCGUGAGAGACAGCCAGGGCCGGCCCUACAUCAUCCGUGUGGCCACCAUGCGCUGUUACCUGGAGAACCAGUACGGUGAUGCCGACGUCACCGGAAGUAGUGAGAGCAGUUUCCGGGGGAAAGACGGCAUCAUCGUGUUCCAGAACUGCGGGUUUCAGGCUGCUACCGGGCACGUGGACCUGUGGGACGGCUACAGCUGCGUUGGGCAGUGUCCGGGCUACUUCAACGCCUGUAGCGACAUCAGGCUGUUCGAGUUCUAAGAGAACUUGCAAAUUGACCGCCGCUUACGCUACUUCGACUCUAGUUCAUCGGUAGGAUGGAAUGAUACGAUACGCAAUGCGGUCACUUUUAACGAAGAAAGUUAAUAAGAUUAGCACAGAGUUUAAUACAUGCAGCUCUAUCAGUUCACAGUUCAGCUAUUUGGUGUGCUUUGUGUUAGACGCUAACAAAUAGGUCAAUACUUUUAUUACAUUGUCAAGUUUGCAAAAGAUCACAACAACAUAAUUGUUUGAAUGUGUACUACAGAGCUUGUUGUAGUCAUUUAGGCAUUUUAUGGCCAAAUAUAUAACAUUUUUCCUGUUUGCAUAAAUGAAUAUUGUAACCGACUUAUUACACAUAACCUGAGGACUGAUACUUCCUUACUUUAACAGCUGUUAAAGAAAUGUCAACUGUGUAGUCAUGCUGUACCUUCAAUAAUCAGUCCACGUAUAUAUCACUACAAAACGAGCGCAUUAAAAUAUGUUCAGCCAUGUUAACGACUUUAUGGGGUUUAAGGACUUAAAAUAGUGACGAUAGGGACACUAAAGAUAGGACAAUUAUUCGACAUGGUUAGAAGUGUAAGUCCGCAUCUAAUGAUAUUGUACAACGAUUAACAUUUAGUGUUUUCUC